CACUGCCAUUCGCGGCCUCAGCUGUCAAUCACUGGGUCAUGGCGGGUGAUUACUCGCCGGCACCCAGUGAUCGCUCAGUAUCUCCGACGGGGGGAGAGACCUAUUUGUAAACACAGAUCACUCCCCUGUCAGCUCCUGCUAACUGCUUUGUAUGGCUCUGCACAGCAGAGCCAGUGGUGAGCGCACACACAGCAUACUGAGAAACAGCACACAGUUAACCCUCUGAUCGCCCCAGAUGUUAACCCCUUCCUGCCCAGUGCCAUUAGUACAGUGUCAGUGCUUUUUUAUUAGCACUGAUCACUGUAUUGGUGUCACUGGGGAUGUCAGUAACACCAAGUUAGUUCCCCCCAGUGUCAGAAUGCCCACCGCAGUCCCACUAUAGGUCGCUUA